CUGACCCAGCUGGACUCAGAGGACUUUCAGAACUCUGCGGACUCUAAGGACUCUGCAGACUCUAAGGACUCUCAGAACUCGGCAGACUCUCAGGACUUUCAGGACUCUCAGGACUUUCAGAACUCUGCAGACUCUAAGGACUCUCAGAACUCUGCAGACUCUAAGGACUCUGCAGACUCUAAGGACUCUGCAGACUCUAAGGACUCUGCAGACUCUAAGGACUCUGCAGACUUUCAGGACUCUCAGGACUUUCAGAACUCUGCAGACUCUCAGAACUCUGCAGACUCUGCUGACUCUCAGGACUCUCAGGACUUUCAGAACUCUGCAGACUCUAAGGACUCUCAGAAC